UCCCUCUCUGGCCGCAGGCGGCGCGCGGAGCUAGGACGAGCCACUUCCCUCCCGUGCCGAGCGCUGGAGGAGCUGGGCGGGCCGCCUCCUCUUCCGCCCCUUCCUGGCCGCGGCGGCUUUCAGCUCCUUGCUCACCACCAUGGCGAUCCGCAAGAAGAGCAGCAAGAACCCGCCCGUGCUGAGCCACGAGUUCAUCGUGCAGAACCACGCGGACAUCGUCUCCUGCGUGGCCAUGGUCUUCCUGCUGGGGCUCAUGUUCGAGAUUACAGCAAAAGCCGCCGUCAUUUUUGUUACACUUCAGUACAAUGUUACCAUUCCUGCUACAGAAGAACAAGCUACAGAAACAAUCUCCCUUUAUCAUUAUGGUAUCAAGGACUUGGCUACAGUUUUUUUCUACAUGCUGGUAGCAAUAAUCAUACAUGCCAUUAUUCAGGAGUAUGUGCUUGAUAAAAUUAACAGGAGAAUGCACUUUUCCAAAACAAAACACAGCAAGUUCAAUGAAUCUGGACAACUUAGUGCAUUCUACCUUUUCUCAUGUGUCUGGGGCACGAAUAUUCUUGUCUCUGAGAACUAUGUAUCGGAUCCAACGUCUCUGUGGAAGGACUACCCACACGUGCUGAUUCCGUUUCAAAUGAAGUUUUUCUACAUCUCACAGUUGGCAUACUGGUUUCAUGCUUUUCCAGAAUUGUACUUCCAGAAAACCAAAAAAGAAGAUAUCCCUCGCCAGCUUGUCUACAUUGGACUUUAUCUUUUUCAUAUUGCUGGAGUUUAUCUUUUGAACCUCACCCGUCUUGGACUUGUUCUUCUGGUGUUACAUUACUUUGUUGAAUUUCUCUUCCACAUCUCCCGCCUCUUUUACUUCAGUGAUGAAAAGUAUCAAAAAGGGUUUUCGUUGUGGGCUGGUCUUUUUGUUUUUGGAAGACUUUUGACUUUGAUUCUCUCUGUUCUCACUGUUGGCUUUGGCCUGGCAAGAGCAGAGAAUCAGGACCUGAAUUUAACUACUGGAAAUUUUAACGUUCUGGGUAUCAGAAUCAUUGUACUGUCCUCAAUCUGUGGAACUCAAGCCUUUAUGAUGUGGAAGUUCAUUAAUUUCCAGCUUAGAAGGUGGAGAGAACAUUCUUCUUCUCAGCCUCAGUCACUGAAGAAGAAAUUUGUAACAACUAAAGGUAGACCAUCCAAAAAAGAGAGAGAAAAUGGAGUAAAUGGAACAGUAACCUCAAAUGGAGCAGACUCGCCUCGUAGCAGGAAGGAAAAAUCAUCAUAAAAAUGAAUUUUAUCAAGUUAACUAAUGUCCCCAAAGAAUCUGCUUUUUACUAUGAAAAGCCCUUCAGCACUAGAGAUCUUACUGAUUACAAAAAUACAAUUCAUGCUUUUUGAUUAUUGCUAUUGUUUUGUGAGACUUUUUUUAAAAAAACAUUUUGACUUUAAAUAAAGAGUGGAAAGGUUAUCUGUUUUCAAAUGUUUAGGGGGCCACAACACUUUUUAAAUAACCAUGAACACUUUUUUUAAACACUUAGUGUGAUUAAUAUUAAUCAGAAUUCUACUUACUGAGGAUCAGUGAUACAGUGUAUUAUUCCUUCCAGUUUUUAUAAUCUUGGUAAUAUCUUGUUACAGCAAUGUCAUAUUUUUCAAGUUCUUCAAGAAGUAUUGCAAAAUUGAAGUAAAAAAAUUAAUAUCUGUUUUUAGAUAUUCUCGAACGUUCAGUAUAUUACUUUGAAUCAGAUUUGCAGCUCAGUACUGGUUUUGUAAGACCAUCAAAAUUAAUGUGCAUUAUUUUUGUAGGUAAUAGCUGCGUUCGUUUCAAGAAAUGCCCAUGUCAUUAAAACAAAAUCUAACUGAUUGGAAACAUUGCAGUGUCUUAUUGUCUAUGUUGGCUGGAAAUCUCUUGUAUAAAAUACUUGUAAGGAACAAAAUCUUUCUGAUGUAGCUUUAGCUCUUGAAAAGUGGAAAAUAGAGAAUGUGUUGUACAGAGAAGAGUGAUUUGCAUAGCGCUACUUUAAGGUAAUAAAAUAACUCAUAACUGUGCUUAUA